AAUAAUUGGAUUCGAAUUAUUCACAAAUUUACGAACAAUUCAAAUUUUUCGAUUCAAAUUUUGAAUCGAAUAGUAAAAUUCGCACAUUCCCAAUAUAUAUGAUAUAUAUGUCAUAUUAUUGAUCAAAUAAAAUCUUAGUAACGUAAAAUAUUUAGUAUUGUAAAAAAAAUGUCUGAUGACGAAGAUUCCGAAUGGAAUCCAAAUUUAUCAGAAAUAUCGAAGCUUCUAAAUAAAUUGGGCCUCUCACCCCCACAAACAGAAAUUGACUACGAAAAUUCAUCAUCGAGUUCACAAAAAUUACAAACUGAUUCCGAUUACGAUGACAAUAGUUUAUUGUCAUCAAUUUCAAUUACCGACGAUGAGUCGAGUGCGAACCGGGAGGAAAUGGUGAAUAAAUUAGUGGAAUAUAAAAAAAAUGAACAAGCGAUUCGGUAUAAAAAUUUCUGGCUCACUGAAUACUUGAUCGAGUAUUUCAGUAGAAAACAAAUGAUUUAUGUUAUGAGUGAGGGGGUUGGUUUUGAUGACAGUGAGGGUGGGGGUGAAGAAGAGAUGGAUUAUUAUUGCAAGCAAUUAAAGAGAUUUGAUAAAUUUAAGAAAAAGUUUGAGAGGUUUGAGGAAAAUUCAGAAGAAGAACUCAGGGAAAUAAGGGAGGAAAUAAUUAAGAAGAGUAAUGAGGCCGAUGAGCUGAUUAUGGAAAUCGCGGAGAGGGAGAAAAAUAUUCAAGAAAAUUCUCGGGGUGGGGGUAAAAAUUUUUUAAAUAAAAAAAUUCAGGAAAUUAUUAAUAGACAGUUGGAAAAAAUGAAAAUAAUCUCCAAGUAUCGGCUUACGUAUAUAAAACUACGCAAUGAUUUGCAGAUAACGCACGAAAAUUUGAAAUCAAUAAUAAGAAAAAAUUCAAAUCUCACAAAAAUGGACUACGAGCGUCUAGAAGCUGAAAAAUAUUUUUACCUCCAGCAGUUUGACCAAAAAAAUCUCCAACUAAAAAAUCUUCUCUCUCGAAAAAAAAAAGUGAUCACAAAAAUCCGCGUAGUCAAUUCCCAGGCCCGCGAAGUUGCGACAAAAAUUCAAAAAUCAAAACUCGAGUCUUUGGAGUUGAACAAAAAAAUUCUAGAACUCGAAUUACAAAAAAGUAAAACGCGUAAUAAAAUUUCUACUCUAAAAAUUGUACUCAGUAAUUUAAAUUAUAAUUAUUUAAAUAAAAAUAAUGAGUACUUUGCGAUAAUUAAUAAUCAACAUGAAAAGUGGAUUAAAAAAAUUGCGCGGCAAUUGAAAGAAUUGAAAUUAUUAAGGCAAAAAAUGAAUGCAAUUAAAACAAAUUUUAUUUUACAUGAAAAAAAUAUUUAAAACUAUUAUUUAUUUAUUAAUUAUUAUUAUUAUUAUUAUUAUCAUUACAUUAUUAAUUAAUUUAUUAAUUAAUUAACUAAACCCAUGUCAAUUUUAUCUAAUAAAAUAUUUAUAUAAAUUGUAUACUUAUAUAUAUAAAAAUAAUUUAGGCAGUGAAUAUUUUUUGUUAAUAAAAAAAUAUUUUUUACUCAAAAAUUCGAUACCUCCCACUGUAAAAAAAUUGCGGAGUAAACGCAGGUUAAAGUCGGAGUAAAUCCGGAGCAAAUGAGGAGUGGAUUUAAAGGAUGACUUUUUUUUACUUAUUCCGGAGUGAAAUUUACUCCGGAUGGGAGUUUUUGAAAUUUAAACCUCAGAUUGGAGUAAAAUUUACUUCGAGGAAAUUAAUUUUACUAUUAAAACUCCGGUUCGGAGUAAAUUUACUCCGGAUCGAAGUUCAAUUCAAGAGUAAAAUUAUCGAUUUGGGUAAAAUUUACUCCAGAGGAAGACUAAAGUUAAUAAUUGAACCCCGGAUUGGAGUAAAAUUACUCCAGAGGUUAAAGUUAAAAUUCUAACUUUGAGUUGGAGUAAAUUUACACCGGAUCGAAGUUCAAUUCACAAGUAAAAUUUCGGAUUCGGGUAAAAUUUACUCCGGAGAUUGAGGUUAAGAUUUGAACUCCAGAUUGAAGUGAAUUUACUCCGGAUCGAAGUUCAAUUCAAGAGUAAAAUUCUGAAUUUGGGUGAAAUUUACUCCGGAGAUUAAAGUUCACAUUUAAACUGUGAAAUUGGAGUAAAUUUACUCCGGAUCGAAGUUUAAUUCAAGAGUAAAAUGCCGCAUUCGGGUAAAAUUCACUCCAGAGGAAGAUGAAAGUUAACAUUUGAACUCCGUGUUGGAGUAAAUUUACUCCAGAGAUUGAAGUUAAAAUUUAAACUUGAAUUUGGAGUAAUUUUACUCCGGUUUGAAGUUUAAUUCAAGAGUUAAAUUUAAAAUUUGGGUGAAAUUUGCUCCAGAGAUUAAAGUUAAGAUUCAAACUUGGAAUUGGAGUAAAUUUACUCCGGAUCGAAGUUUAAUUCACGAGUAAAAUUCCGCAUUUGGGUAAAAUUUACUCCAGAGGAAGAUUAAUUAUAACAUUUGAACUCCAGGAUGGAGUACAUUUACUCCAGAGGGGAUUUUUUUGUAACAUCAGACUCCGAAUCAGAAUAGAUGCAGAUUUCCAUGAAAUUUUCAUCACUUCGAAAUUUCUUCGUUGAAAAAAAAUUUCAAUUUACUCCGAAUUUACACCGAAUUUUUUACACUGCAAUAAAAAUAAUCGAAAUUCACUAAGUAGUGAAAAUUUUAACCAAAGUUCUGAUCUUUAAAAUAAAUCCACCCCCGCAUUUUUUUUUAUUUUUGUAAAUUUAAUGAUUAAAAA